CUUUGAGGAAGCUCAGGCAAGAUGGCGUAUCAAACUUUCCAACAAGAAUACAUGCAGAUCCCCGUGGUUACACGGACGUAUACAUCUGCCUGUGUAGUAACAACACUUGCAGUGGUAAAUAUGACCAUGUAGUUAAAGUUUCUGCCGCUUUUCUUCGCAUGCAGGGAAGAAAACAGAGAAAUUUCUCGUUGUGCAGGGGACUGAUCUGUCAUAAUCUUUCUUCUUGCUUUUGUUUGUUUUUAGCAACUUGAGCUGAUAACUCCGUUCCAGCUUUAUUUCAAUCCCGAACUUAUAUUUCAAAGAUAUCAGGUUGGUCUUUCUUGUCGUUUCUUCCGUGUACCUACAUCAUAAACGUUAGCUACAUUUUAAUUUCCAUAAAAAUCACAUUUUCUUAUUGAUAGAUAACAUUUUUCAAUGGAAAUGUGCAUAUAUAUAUGUGUGUUAAUGUAAGCUUGUUAAGAUGACAUGCAUUUUCUAUUUAGAACCUUUUACUCGUCAUUUACUUUUUAGUGUAAAAAUUUAAACAUCUGGGCCCGGUUGUUCAAAAGAGGGUUAAACUAACCUGAGGUUAGGGCUAACUGAGGGUUAAAUUUCUUAACCGCAGGUUUGUUAACACAGGGUUAAAAUAGCGUUUCUCAAAGUACGGUUAAAGAGCUGGUUAGUUAACCUUGUGUUAGGCGCAGCUAACCUGAGGUUAGCAACCCAUAAUAUUCUUUUAAUAAAUUGUUACUAUGGUGAGCAAGUUGCGAGCUACAGAAUGGCUUCCCCCUGCAGUCUCAUGUAAAGCCUGUAAACAAAAUUUCAGCACGUCUGAAAUAGCCAUCUUAACGGAAAAAGUAGAGGAAAACCUUUUUAUUAUACAAAGUAAACUUACGAACAGCGUCACAAACCAAAAAAAAAUGAAAUAUGGUGUAAAAUUGUGGAUGCUGUCAACGCCGUAGGAGUUGCUUGGAGGAUGACCACUGAGGUCAGAGAAAAAUGGAAAAAUUUACACGCACAAGCCUAGAAAUAUUUCCAUCAGCAUUGGAGGGGGGGGGGGGUGAAAUGCAGUACAUUAUACAUUAUUGCACAUUGCCUUGGUCAAUAUUCUGCAGUAGCAUAUUAGUACAAUAUCAAAUACACAAUACCAGUGAAGUAACAAUAUAAAAAUAAAGAAUCCACAAUUUAUUUGAAUUAUUUGAUUUACUUACACCAAAUUGCAUUUGUAAUUAUGUUACAGAGUAAAUUUUUUAAAGACAAUAAAAUGGGCGAAUGCAAUUUGGAGUCUUUGAAAAAAAGUAUUUUAAACAAACUUACAACUCAUCACCUAUUAAUAAUUUACAUAACAAAAGAUCACAGAAAGUCAAGACAGCACACAUGUUAAAAGUGUCAACCAAUAAAUGUUUGACAGAUGUGGUCCCUUAUUGACAGACCCUGUUGAGGUCCAUGGUAGGGAUCCACAUCUGCCAGCUCUUCUACCUCUUUAUCCUCCAUAGGCUUGUGUAACAGCAAAGCAAUGUUGUGCAACAAUGCACAAGCACCCCCAAUCAUGUAAACUUUUUCAGGUGCCAUUCUAAUUUCUGCAUGGAACACAUGAAAUCGCCUUUUCCAUCAGCCAAACGUUUGCUCGAUCACCACUCUUGUUUUUGUGUGUGCACUAUUGUAGGCCUUCUUAGGAUGGAGUUCUUGUUGUUUCGAAUAGUGUCAUUAGGGAUGGACUGCAGGCAUACCCACUGUCUCUGAGAAGAACGCCAUCAUUUAGGGAGCGAUGGUUAUUUUGCAAAUAACUGCAAAUGACGUGGCUAUCGUGAAUACUUCCUGGCCAGUGGGCAACAACAUUGGUAAACAUGCCUUCAAAUCAAAUAAUAUUUUUGUUGAGGUUAAAGCUCGGUCCUCCUUUUGAUUUGUGUAUGAAUUUUAACUUACAUGUCUACAUUUUUAUUUUCUUUGGGAAGUCUUGCUAUAGCCAAAAGUUUACUCACCUUCAUGGUUGCAGACAGCUUGUACAUUGAUUGAAUGAAAACCUUUUCUGUUUACAUAGUUGUUUUCAUUCAUUCACUGUGUAGGUGCUUGUAAUCUCACAUGAGUUCUGUCCACACAUCCAACAACACCAGGAAAUCCUCCACAAAUAUAAAAUUUGUUUUUAAUUUUUGCACAUUUGUCAUGUGUCAAAGGCCACUUGAUAAAGCAGGGCUGUUUUGCGGCUAGAGCUUGAGACGCAUCCGUAAUGGCAUGAGAAACAGUGGACUUAUCCACACCAAAGGUGUUGCCUACAACUUGAAGGAAAUCUCCACUUGCAUAAAACCGGAGGGCAAUUAAAACUUGGUGGAGUGGUGAUAAGGCGUGAUUUCGUUGAGUGUUGCAAGUUAUAUCAUCGGCAACGAGAUUUGUAAUAAAUAAAAUGGACUCUCUUUUAAAGCGAUAAUGUGCACGCAGCUCUUCAUCUGUGAAAUCGUUGAUUUUGAACUGAGUGCUGGUUCUGAAAAACAACAAGUUCACCAUUUUUAUUCUUUAUUUAACCAGAGGUUAGCUAUUUAAGCCUACUCACACAGUGGGUUAAAUUUAACCCACUGUUUAACCUGAGGUUAGUGUUAACCUUCGAACAACUUGACUAAAAUUUUACCCCAAGGUUAGGCUGACUUAACCCUGGGUUAAGACUUAACCCUCUUUUGCACAACCGGCCCCUGAAAUGGAGAAAAACAAGAAAUGUAAUCAAAUUACUCUUCUGAUGAGAUAUUGAAGAAUUUUUCUACUUUUUAGUUUUGGAGACUGGUAACUAAUUUUAUGUUUUUUGGAACAAUUGGAUUCAAUUUCUUCUUCAACAUGAUUUUCACAUAUCCUUCUCUUUAAUUUUUAAGUUUGCAAAGUUACUGCUUAAAUGGUUGACUUAAGUGCUUAUGAAGUGAUACUAUGGAUAUUGACCCUUUACACCCUGAGAUCGCUAAUUGUAUUCUCCAUACUUUUCUCUGUACAUUUCCUUUGUUAGCAAUAAGGAGAAUUUCAAUCAUAUGCCUCUCCACCUGGUGAUCAUUCCCUUUACUGUCAUGACCAUAAUUUUUCAUUCAGGGGUGAUAUUGUAAGAUCGUACUCUUAUGGUUUUCACGAUUAAAAAUGUUUUGCCAUGAUUAUGAAAAAUGAAAAUUCCUUGACGCUUGAAAGCUACCGCUACUGUAGGAUGUUAGAGGAAGGGUCAUUCCGAGGACGAACAGCAGAUUUUGUUUUCAUGUUUAUAUUUGGUGGAGCUAUAAUGACUGUAUCCUUUAUGAAUCAUACAUCAAAUGCGUGGAACAUUGCUCAGAAAAGAGCAUAUGAAUUAGUCACUAAUAAUGUGAGUGAUAACUUGAACAUGUUUGACUGAAUAGUUAAAUGUCAUUAAAUGUUUGUAACAGAAAAUUUCAUACUAGAGAUUUUUCUUUCAGUUAAAAUUUCCUUGACACCUUGUCAUCAGGUGAUUGCUUUGUUUGUUAAUUUAGUUUUUCUGGGCCAGGCUUUCACCAUUAUGUUAGUGUACAUCUGGAGCAGGAGAAACCCCUUAAUACGAAUGAACUUUUUUGGUCUUCUUACUUUUAAGGCACCCUAUUUACCAUGGGUGCUGUUUGGGUUUUCCCUCAUGUUGGGAAAUUCUGUCAUGGUGGACCUUAUAGGUAAUUUCACUCAGAUUUGCCUCAUCUUUCCUACUAGAAAUUUUAUCAUGUUGUGCUAGUUAUGUUUUAAGUAUGUAAACCCUUUAACUCCCAAGAUAUGAUGUUAAAUGCUCUUCUCUUGCUGAUGCACUUAGUAAAUUAGUUACAAGAAUUUGUUGUUAGAUCAUGAUGACAGCUUCUACCUGAUAAGUUUGAAUAUUCUCAUCACCUGUUUGCUGGAUAAUGUAUGGAUAUUAUAGGGAGAAGUUACAUGUUAAUCACACCUGGGAGUUAAAGGGUUAAGAGAGCUUGUAUUUAUAAAGAAAUCCUUGUCAAAGUGGUCAAUAGGAAAAUCACUGGUGUUUUGUGAUAUUUCCUUAUCAGCUUUUUCAGUCAGUUUCAGUUAAUAUUAAGUUACCUGGGACUGUUAGAAAGUAGCUAAAUUGAUUAAGAUUGUAAACUUUGUUUGUUGCCCAUGCGACAACCUACUAGUAGUAAAUACUGUAUAUUAUUGCUGUUUUCUUAUUUAGAAAGACCUGAAGGCUCUCAUUAAAUUUUAGCCUGAUGUUGGAAAUUAUAAAAUUUCUGGCUUCCUUCUCCCCAUUUGAGUGAGAGUCCCAAACACUAAUUGUUUAGCUGAUAUUUUUGGGAUUAAAUAAAGUUUUAACUGACAAACUUCACAAAUCUUUGCAGGUAUUGCUGUAGGUCAUGUGUAUUAUUUCUUGGAGGAUGUGUUUCCAGAGCAGCCAGGAGGGUUUAGGAUACUCAGGACUCCAGGAAUCCUGUAUGAAAUAUAUUCUGAAACACCCUUACUUUGCAUAAUUUUGAUUAAUUACUUACCAUCAAGUGUAGAGAAAAAAGAAAAAAGGAUUUCUGAAAGUCUCUGGUGCAAGCCUGGGUUUUUUUAACCUACAGUCUUAUUUUGGGGCCUUAUUUGCCAAACUCUUUGCUUAAUCUGCUGGUCUUUCUUUACCCUUUCACACCCAAGAUCUUCAAGUGAAUUCUCCUUACUGUCUGCCAUACAUUUCUUUUAAUUUGAGCUCUGAGAAAUUUGUUUAAGAUCCAACAGGGUUCUUUGGCUGAUGUAAUUCUUUCUUUUAAUUACCCUUCCAUUCGAUAACAUGUUGAUAUUGUGAGGAGAAUUCAGAGAAGUGCUCACUCCUGGAUGUGAAAGGGUUGAUACUCUCCAUUUCCUUUUGCUCUAACCCCAUUUGGAACAUGUUGGUUGGAUAAGCAAAGUUAAUAUGACUCUAAAACUUCAUGUAUGGAUCUAAAAUAAUUGAAACUACAAGAAAAGUGCAAUUAUUAAGUUGAAAGGAGAAGUGACAUCUUUAAAAUAUCCUUGAGAAAAAUUCAGAUAUGUCUAGGAAUAUAAAUAAGAUGAACGUUAUAUCUAACAAAGUUUUUUCUAAGCACAGGAAAGUGAAAUCAGAACUGGGGCUGGGGUUUUGAAUCCUCUCAGAGGACUGGGAUCUUUUGUUGUUCCAUACCUUUCAUUAACAUCAGUUCUCUGUGUCUGAAUUGUAUGUAGGAAAGCCAUUUUUGAUGCCCCCCCUGAGGAUCCAAACUACCAACCCCUCCCAGAGGAAGACAGGCCUGGGGGAUUCAACUGGGGUGAGGGACAGCGAGUGGGUGCUGCUGCUGAACAAGAGGAGUGAUUAUGGCGAUAAAAACAGGACAUUUCGCACAAAAGACUUUUCGCACAAAUCUUUUAGCACAAGUUUUGGACCGUUCGCACAAUUCUUAGUGGUCAUUUUGCACAAUAACUAUAAGUGAGAAACAUCAAUUUAAAAGAUAUACUAAUUGAUACUGAUAAGACAUUUUACCUUCACUUGUCACCUUCAAGGAAAAGUUAUAGAAGUAGUCAUUCAAAUAGGGAGUUCUUUACAUUUUCACAGAGAGAGAAAUUCGUAAUUCUCCUCUCUUCAAGUAAGAAUAGUAAUCGUAUUGACAAACAUUUUGAUCCAGUGGAAGUCUUGGUGAAAUGUCUUAUCAGUAUCAAUCAGUAUUCCUUUUAUAUUGAUGUUUCUUGCUUAUAAUUAUUGUGUGAAAUGACCACUAAGAAUUGUGUGAAUGGUCCAAAACUUGUGCUAAAAGACUUGUGUGAAAAGUCUUUUGUGCGAAAUGUCUGGUUACCAAACAGGACAACUUUUAAAUGUGUCACAUUUCCAUAUCAAUAACAUGACUAAUAUAUUCUUCAAACUCGUGUAAUAAAUGUCUAUGCUUUUUAGGUUUACUGAAAAUCAACCUAGUGACAAUUUCGAUCUCCUAAUAGAUUCUCAGAAGGUCACCUACUAUUUCUAUAGGAGUAACAAAGAUGUAUGAAAGCAAUUUAUAUGUUGAAAUUACUUUUACUGAGACUAAUUAAAAGUGAUUUUAAAAUUAAUAGUAAAAUGGUUGACUGUAGGGCCUACUUCUAGUGAAAUUAACUUGGCAUAGUUUUUUCUCAAGGAUAAAUGAAGAUGUGGACAAAACAAAAUCAAAGCAAGCUAAUCAAGAUGUUUUCUUACUGUGCAUUUAACUUGGCAUAGUUUUUUCUCCAGGAUAAAUGGAGAUGUGGACAAAAUAAAAUCAAAGAGAGCUUAUGAAGAUGUUUUCUUACUAAAGUCCUCAUAAGAUAUGCUCUGAACAGGCAAGGACCAAUUCGACAAAAAAACAAAACAAUGCCUCAGCAAAUGUUUUACUAUAAUGGUCAGAAAAAAGUAAAUUCUUACAAAGCAAAAAAAUAAUAAUUACUACACAGGACAAACUACCUAGAAGCCACUGCAAAACAAAAUUAAAAAUUAAAUAAAGCUGCUUACUAAAUGCUGAGGAUACCUAUGGGUGGUGGUUGGGAAAACCAAGAAAAGGAAAAAUCUACUUCUACAAACACUGAUUAUGGAUAGGCACCAAAAACACUGGUUAAAAUAAAGGGGUGAGACAACAAACUAUAUAACUAAAUUUACAUACAGCACGUAACAAAAAAGCAUAAUUAACAAAAUACCUAAGAGCAAAAAAAAGUACAUGAUAACAAGUGACAAAAAUGAAAACAAAAGGGAUAAAUUUGCUCCAACAUGGUCCUUGUUUUUGUGUUGACCAAAUAAAUGUGAUAAGUUAUAUGUGGACCUUGAGUUCAAAUAGAGGGUCAAAACUUAGUCCUUUUCUUGCAAGAUAGACCUAACAUUUGAUUUAAGUAACAGUAUUUCAUCUUCUAAACUGAUUGAUGUUGUAAUAAUAUUGCCUUUUGUUUAUCUCACUAAUAUUAAUAUUGGAAAUAAUAAAAUUACCAGUAAGAAAUGGUACAUUUAUUCCUUUUGCUAGUCUUGUUUAUGCUUGAUUCUAAUUGAUGCUUAAAUUUUCCAAAUAUUUCAGGAAAAUGUUUUGUUAGAAAUUCACCUGUGAACCAUAAUAAUGAAUAUAAACCCUAAAAAGUUCAUUAAAAGUUGAAUUUUGUACAAAAAACCUCUUAAAAGGCACUGAGUAUCCUUUUCAUGGAAACGCACAUUUGUAGACAGUUAUUUAUUUUAUAGACUAUUUAUCAAAAUUUUUUUGCAAUUUCUAUAGUUUAAGAUUACCAUAAUAAUAUUGAUCAUGUCAAAUUUUCUGCAUGUGCUAGGGAAGGUCUGUCAGCUAGCAUAAAUGUUGUUUCCUUUUUUUCAGUACACAGUAUUUUGCUUUGGGUCAGAUAAGUGUUACCAAUUAAAUGUUUAUUAAUUUUGGUCAUCAUUAGCGACUGUAACAUACUUUCAAUUAGUUCUUCAAUUGAGGAGGAUAUGGCUUCUCUUCUUUCCACAGAAAUUUUAUUAUAUGUUACUUGGGGAGAGGAGUUUCCGUUUAUUAAUUUUAUUGUUGUAAGAAAAAGGGCAGGGAGAUAGAGGGAAUGAUAGUUGUUAAGAAGAUUUAAAAUAAAAUUGAUUUAAUAACCUUGCAAUGU